AUGUCAGAGGAGAACCGCCGCGCAAUCUCCAAGUACCUCUUCCAAGAGGGAGUUUUGUUUGCGAAGAAGGAUUUCAAUUUGGCGCAACAUCCUUUGAUCGAAGGAGUUCCGAAUCUGCAAGUCAUCAAACUGAUGCAGAGCUUCAAGUCUAAGGAGUAUGUUCGCGAGACGUUUGCGUGGAUGCAUUACUACUGGUUCCUCACUAACGAAGGCAUUGACUUUCUGAGGACUUACCUCAAUCUUCCUUCUGAGAUUGUUCCCGCCACUUUGAAGAAGCAGCAGAAGCCUCUUGGUCGUCCCAUGGGUGACCGUCCCCGUGGCCCACCUCGUUCUGAUGGGGAGAGGAGGUUUGGAGGUGACAAAGAUGGAUACCGUAGGUCUGGUGGAGAGUUUGGUGACAAGAGUGGUGCUCCUGCUGAUUAUCAGCCUUCUUUCAGGGCGCCUGGAGCUGGAUCUAGGCCAGGGUUUGGCCGUGGCGCCGGUGGGUAUGGUGCUGGUCCAGCUGCUGGAUCUGAUCUUCCUUGAAAGGGAACUGUAAUCCUUCUUUCUUUUUGGUUAUAUUGUACUUUUGAUUUGAGAAUCGACGUCUGUUACUCAAUAUGAUUGUUUUUCCCGUUUAGAAUUUUACAAAGGAUGUUCAAAAUGUUGUUGAUCCUUACAAAUUAUUUCUCUCAUUUUCUGCCCUCUACUUUCUCAAGUUUUAUCUCCGAUGGUCCCAAAUUAUAAUUUCGUUAUUUAUUUGGAUAUUUCACAAUUAGGUGUGUGCAAGAUUACCAAAAAAACACUCUUUUCAUUUAUACUAAAAUCGUC